AUGGUCGCGGUGCGUGACAGAAGUGACGCGACGCGUGAUGUGACUGGGUUGCGAUUCUACUGGUACUUUCAAUCAACUCUUGACAUGAUUUUUUCUGACCAGGAGGCUCCUUUGCGAUGGAUCUUAAAAGUCCGGAAGCACGUUUGCCUCAACUCAAGGUUUUUAGGACUCACAUUUAGCCUGAUGUUGACUGGGGGACGAGCUCCUUUCACCGAUGAUGACGACCAACUUCUGGUCAAGUACCUGGCAACAUACUCCCCCGGAACUGCAGGGCGAUGCGGUAACAAACUUUACACGGAUCUGGUUGAAAAUGUGGACAAAAAAUGGCCGUGGAGCAAGCACCAUACUUGGCAAUCAUGGCGUGAACGAUAUAUCAAAAACAAGGAACGGUUUAACCACCGCAUUCGGCUGUAUCAGAAGAAGAAGAACUUGCCACAGGAACAUCGUACGGUCCCGCAACCAUCCAAGCCGAAACCGGGAUCAACAACCGUCUUCGAAGAGGAGGCAGACGACAAUGAGGAAGCUCGUCAACGCAAGCGCAAGCGUGUCUCAGAGGCAGGGAAUGGGCCAGACAAGCGGCCAAAGCACGACCAGGCGCCCUCUGUGACUCGUCCCGUCCAGAAACGUGCCAAUGCUCAAGCUGGCGCAGUCGCGGGUCCUUCCAAGCAUAGACAAAUUUCUUCUGGUCAGGCAGCGUCGUCCAAAACUGGAACAACCAUAAAUCAGGAGGCCAUGCGCCCUCUUAAAUCUGGACCCCCUCCUGCGGAAAAUACUAAUACUGAAGGAGAGGAUGAAGCUGCGCCUGUUCAUUCUGACGAUUAUCGCGGUGAGAUUUUUGACCAGGAGCCCGACGACGAAUCUGAGGUCAAUGCGAUGUUGACGGAUGGCAUGGAUGAGGAGAUUCAUGAUCCACCUGAGCUGCCCAAAAGUCCGUACGAAGAUCAUGAGGUCGCCUACCCCGACUUGAAGACUUUGCCAUCUCCCAAUCUGACGACCAGAGAACUUCAUCUUCCUGGACAAUAUGAUUCCGCGUAUUCCAGGCCAGCUUCACAUGCGGAAGUUCCCAUACAGAGCAAACGACGAACCUUCUUGACUCAUCCCUCUCAAGAGCCCACGCCUCCUGUCUCGGGCGCGGACGACUCCACAUUGAUCAUAAACGCCCGUGUACCUGCUAAGAAGCCAGCUAUACGACCGCUAUUGCUGAAGGAUCCAUCAAUCACAAACCCCACCCACAAAAACCAUAUCAAAUCAAGUAAACUUCGUCGACAAAACAUUGAUGAUGAUCCUUUUGAAACACCACCACCCACCCCUAUCCGUUCUCAACCUGCUCCCAAACCAAAACGACCACCCAUCUUGGUUCAGGGCGGUUUCAGAACAGCUUUUAAUUUGGGGCCUACUGGUGCUGGUUCCGACUCUGACAGUGCCGUGGAGAUUGUUGAAGCAAAGAAGACAUGGCCGCCUCAACGGAAUAAGGGAGUUACGACCCCCUCGAAGACGCUGGUCAAACCCAAGAACGGUCUGGUGCAGAAGGUGGAAGGAAAGGGCAAUGACCAGAACGUAGAAGCUGCCCCAUUGACCAACGGGCUCAAGGGUACAGAGACGGUCGUUGAUCGCCUAACCGAGGGCGGUAUAGAUGAGAAUCACGUCAUGGAUGUCGACGAUAAGCAAGCCGACGGCGCUACUUCAUUUGAUAAAGGCGUUGAGGGGAAGACUCGUUUUCCUCCCAUUCAGCUCGCUGCAAAUGGCCAGUCGAACAACCGCAAUGGCAAGGGUCGAGCAGACAUCGAGUCAGAGGAGCGUCCAAGCAACGUGACGAAGGUCAACGUUACGGUCAAUACAAAACAGGGCCAGACCUCAAUGAUACCCGACCCACCACGUAGACGCCGGCAGCCCGUUCAAGUCAAUGCUGUUGCAACUUCUUCCAAAGUGACACUUGCGGACUUACCGAAAGUUUCCCUGAAUUCAUAUCCCCAGUUGCCCUAUGAAUCUGCCUCAAUGACCGUCGAAUCUCUUUCCCCAAAGCCCAUUCAACAACGACUUGUGCAAAGUUCUGUUUCUCCACCUUCGAUGGCACAGAUUUCGAGCGUGCAAAAGAUGAAGAACUAUCAAUCUCUUCGUGAAGCAGGUUCAGGAACUUCUUCCACCGAUUCAAUUGUCCCUCAAUCCCGACCUCUAGUGCUCUCCAGGACCUUGUCAGCGGACAUUCCUUCUACACCUGUCAAGGCCGACUCUGUCACGCUCGUCGAGAAGGUGGAGCCGGAGAGAAAGUCUUUCGAAGACGAGAUGCCCUUGCCCGCUUUCACCAGCACCCCACUCAACAAUACCAAGGUCAAUUUACGAAGGAUGGCUACCAGGCGGUCUCUCGUACAUCGUCCACACCACGAGUCAUCUGAGAAACGUUCUCCUCGUAUGGAUCUUCGCGAAGUGGCUCUUCGUCGUCGUACUAGCCUCUUCCAGUCAACGUCAGGUCACACAUCCUCUCGCUCUUCCACACCUUUGAACAUAUCCCGACGUCAAUCGCACCGCUCUGAAACUAUUGUGGGAUCAUUACCCCCUGAAGAGCUUGAAUUCGUCUUCGAAUUCGGUGUGAGAGGCGCCUUGGCGAAGAUGGCAGCGGAUUUAGGGUUUGCGUAUAAGCCAGUCCGACUCAUCUUUGAGCAAACCAAGUCCUUCAGUAAGACUUUGGUUGUGCUGCGUCGUAUCAUGGAAGCGGGUAACAAAGUCGGGAAUGAGAUGUUGGCGGAGCUAGCUUUGGAGGAGGAAGAUGAUGAAGACGAACAGGCCAACCAGUCUCACAUCCUAGAUGGUCUUUCUCCCAACACUCGCCACAAGCCUGAAGCAAAACGACCCAGCUUGAAUGUCAAACCUGUCCUUGAUGAUGAUCAAAUUUCGGAGUAUUCACCUCCUACAAAAUCUCGUGCUGGACAGUUCUCCAGGCUUGUGAGACAGGGACGAGAAGACGAAGCUCUUAGCAGAGAACGGCGACGUAGUGGGCCUCUUCCCCGCGAUUUGUCGACCCCGAUGCAACCUCCUACACCAUCUCCCCCACCUACCCUACACCCAAAGGCCGAGCCCGGCGAUCUCACAUCAGAUACCCGAAAAUUGAGCGAAGAAGAUAUGUAUGAUCUCUUUGGCGGACCAUUGUCUCAAUCGACAAUCGAGGAUAGCCAAUGCCAAAUUCAGCCUGAACCUAAUGUUCAGGAAAUCAAAGCUGAGUUCGAACGACUCGCCAUGACCGUCACGGCCCAUGAUACCACUGCUCUUGAGGAGUUCGAGCAGAAGCUGGAUCCAGACUUACUGAGAGCGUGGACAAUGGAAUUGAUUCUUGAGAGGACGGCGCCUCCAUUAAAAUCUUCGCCAUAA